CAAAAUGGGAAUAUGUGCAUCGAAGAAACAGAAGGAUGAUUUGGCCUUAAAACCAAAGCAUUGGCCAAGCAGUCCAGGCCGUAGGCAUACUGGUAACAGUUUUAAAUAUGGAACUGAUCUUUACAUCAAUUUAAAAAAUGGGUAGAUUGACAAUUACUACAUUUUGGGUGAUGUUCUUGGAGUGGGAGCCUUUGGAUAAGUAAUUAAAGCGACCCACAAGCAGAGUGGACAAAUUAGAGCGUUAAAAACUUUGGCUAAAAAAAAGAUAAUAAAUGAAGAGAAGGAUAAAAUGUUUGCAGAAGUUAACAUACUUCGAAAAUUAGACCAUCCAAACAUCGUUAAACUUUUUGAACUAUUUGAGGAUACCUAAAACUAUUAUUUAAUCACUGAGUAUAAGCUAUAUCAUUAAUUUUAGACUUAUCCAAGGGGGCGAACUUAUUAAAAAAAUACAGGCACAAAAUACCUUUUCAGAAGCCGAAGCCGCAUUCUAUAUGAGAUAACUUCUAUCAGCCCUGCAAUACUGCCAUAAAUCUAAGAUAGUUCAUCGAGAUUUAAAAUUAGAAAAUCUUAUGCUGAAUACAGAUUCAGAAAAACCGGUUUUGAAAGUUAUUGAUUUUGGAACCUCCAGGAAAAUCAUCCAAGAGAAAUACCUUACAUCUAAAUUAGGAACUGUAAUUAAAUAAGUUUUACAUUUAUAGCCCCAUUACACUGCCCCAGAAGUCUUUAAAUAAUAAUACACUGAAAAAUGCGACAUAUGGUCUUGCGGAGUGAUUCUGUAUACAUUACUGUGCGGGUAUCUCCCCUUUAAUGGAAAUGAUGCAAGGAUUACACAGAUGAUGAUUGAAGCUAAUAGGUGGAGUUUCGAUAAGAAUGAUUGGGCUAAUAUAUCCCCAGAAGCCAAGUCAUUUGUCAAAAAACUUAUGACUUACAAUCCAGAGAAGAGAAUCUCAGCAGAGUAAGCAUAUACGGAUCCUUGGCUUCAAGGACAUAUCACUAACACAAUAGAUUCAAGAGCUUUAACUCGGUUAUAACAAUUUUAUGUAAUUAAUUUAAAAUCUAUUUUUAGUAAUCUCAUAUUAUAUAAGAAUUAAUUCGUCAAUUUAUAACCUUUUAAGUUCUAACCCCUGAAGACAAGGCGAAGAUCUUAGAAAAUUUUCAAUCUUUGGAUAAGGAUGGAGAUGGUAAAAUAAAUAGAGAAGAUUUGAUCUUUGGGUUAAAACAAUCAAAGUUAGAUGAGACUGAGAUUGAGAAAUAAGUAGAUAGAAUCAUGGAGCAAUGUGAUUUCAAUAAAACUGGAUCUAUAGAAUACAAUGCCUUUCUGAGUAUAAUGAUCAGAUAGGAAUUAUCGGAGAAAACUCACAAAUUGGAGGAAGCCUUUAAUUAAUUUGAUAUAGAUAAUGAUGGUCUUAUCAAAAAGUAGAAUUUAGAGGAUGUUUUGGGUGGAAUAAUAAUUGAUGAAACCCAUUGGGAAGAAGUACUAAAAAAAUGUGAUUCUGAUUAGUAAGGAAUGAUUAACAAAGAAAACUUUGUUAAACUAAUGUAAUAAUUAUGA